AUGGUAUACUAUUAUACAUCAAGUAAUGUAAAGGUGUUGAGAAAUAUAAUAAUGGACUAUGGAGCAAGUACUGAAGUAUCUCCAUACGAAUACAUGAAAACAUACAUCGAAAAGUGUCCCGAAAAUAUAGAAGAUUCUAAGCUAUCUUGGAUUGCCGAGGCAUUUUUAGGCAUACAAAAACAUGGGGAAUUCUUGAAAGCAAUCGCGGCUUAUAUGUCUGAAGAACUUACGGAAGAAGAUCUAGACUAUUUCAUAAUUAUUUUUCACGCCAUUACAUUUCAAAUUACUCCAACCGAUAUGUCAUAUUUAUACAAGUGUCUCUUCAAUUUAAGUAAACCAUUGUUAAGUACAUUCACGAAUUUUUUGAGCAACAAUGAAGUGUUGACAUACGUAUCACAAGUAGCACAAAGUAGCUAUGACACGAAUUUUAUAACUGACAAAAUAAUCAGCCCUUUAUUUAAUUGGCAGCCAUACAUAAGUGAAAUGGCACAUAAUUACGCAGAAUACUUGAAAAAAAUUGAACGAAGAAAAACAAAGCCAUUAACUGUACCGAUACAGCCGAACGUAUUAAAAAGAAAAGGACAUCAAGAUCACUGCCCGGCUCCUGGUCCAUCUCCAACACCCGAAACACCUCCAAAUUCUUUACAAAAGAAAGGAAAUAGAAUGUUAGCCAAAAAUGUUAUUGAUAAAAAAUUAAAAGCUUUGCAUGAUAAAAAUAAACAAAAAGCUACCCAGCUUUUGAACACGGUAAAAACUAACGAUUUCCACUUUGCCCGAGGGAAAUCUGAGAAAUAUUACCAGAAAAUUUCAAGCAUUAAAAAUGAAUUGGAAACUGAUUUUAAGAAAACAUUACCCGAGACAAAUAAAAAAAUUGUCUUACAAAAUGCUGCGCCACAGAUAAAAGAAACAGUAGCAACUGUUAAAAGGUUAAAUAAAAGGAUCCAACAAACGCAAAACGAAGAAGUCCAAUGGUUACAAGACAUAAUAUCUAAUUGUAGGAACGUGCAUAAAAUCGCACAAUUGCAGGAUUUCGAUCGCCAAGAAAAUGAAAGAGAACGACUACUAGAUAUAGAAAAAAAACACUUAAUGGGUCAAAUUUCAUAUGAGGAAGCGCUUAUUGCAAAAAAGAAAUUAAAAGAUGAAAACAAGAAAAAGUACGAGGACUUUCUCAAAGAAAAACAACUUUGGGAUGAGGAAAUUGAAACGUGGAGGAAACGAGAAAUGGAAAAAAAUCGAAAACAAGUAGAAAAACUUUCACUUCUUGAGUUAAACUUAUUGGAAGCUAAAAAUAACGCAACGUUACGAAAGAAAGAAACGGCAGAAAAACUAAAGAAGGAAAGCGAGGAAAUGAUCGCUAAUGCCAUGAAGGCAAAACAAGAAGAAUUAGAGAGGAAAAUAAACAUGAUAAAAGAAAUUAAGAUUUUGUCAACGAUCGCCAAAAAAGCGAAAGUACCUAAAAUUAUUGAUUUAACUGAAUCGUCUGGUCUGGGUUUGCUCUGUGAAAUGUCUAUAGCCGAAUUACAAGAAAGAUUAAGUUCUAUGAAAAUUUGUUUAAAAGAAGAGCUCGACAAGAAAAGGAAACAGAUAAAAGAUGAAAAAUUAGCCGCAAAAAACGGACUGAUGGAAACAAAAGAAUCCAUAAAGAAAUUUAUGAGUGAACGUGAAGUAGUUCGUAAAGGUAAAAAGAAUUCUAAUCAUCAUGUUACCACUUCAACGUCUAAAGAAAUAAGCGACCUCAAAAGAAUAUUAGAAGAGAAACGCAAAUUACGUAUUCAACUUUCUGCGUAA